UGUGCUUAGCACGUCAGAAAUUGUGAAAUCAACUAAAAUAAACAAAAACCAUGAGAUGCCGCUUGAGAAAAUGCUGUUGUAUCAUAUCCCUACGAGUGGGUUGUAUGAUCAGUGCUCUAUCAUUGUUUUUCUUCGAACUUGUUGCAGUUCCCAUGAGAAAUGCAAGUCCUUGCUGCGAUAACUUUAAAGGUAUCGUGCUAGUUGUAUAUGGAAUUUUGGAUAUGGUGCAUUUUGUUGGCUGUCUAAUGCUAUUCGUGGCCUCAUUUGUGAAAACAUCAGUUUUAGUGCUUAUUUUUCUUAUCACAAGCUGUUUACACACUCUGCUGUAUCCUCCUUUUCUUGUAGCAGAAGUUUUAAUUUGGGAUGCAGAUAUCAUUGAUAUAAGCAUAUCGAUCACUGGACUGCUUUUAUGCAUUUAUUUCUGGAUUGUGGCGUACGCUUUUUAUUUCAAAUGCAAGGAGGACGUUAUGACUGAUCCGCCCACAGCUGUUUACCUUGUUUAAAAAAUUAUAAAGUAAAGCAAAUAGAUUAAAUCGGAUUAUUUUCGGAUCGGAUUAAA